CUCUUCCAUACCAUCCCGAAACGACGAAUCGAUACGACCGCCUCCACCCACGAUAUGACCAGUACCAACCAAUCCUCCGUCAAAGCCAGCGCCAAUGCCCCCACCCUCUCGAAAUACGGCCAACAGCGCCUCGUCGACGGGGAGAAGAUGUACCACGUCCAGAAGCAUAUGGGGGAUGCGUACCAUCCUGAGCGGAAUCCCAAGGACUUCACAUACGGCUCCUCCCUCUACGGCUCCACGCCCCUCCGGCACGCCCUCUCCCACGUCUUCAACAAAUACUUCUCCCCCCACAUCCCUGUUAUGCCUGACCACCUCAUCCUCGGCUCCGGCUUGCUCUCCGUAAUCUCUCAAUUGGCUCGAGCUUUGAUUGAUCCACCGCGAUUGGGUGCGGGUGGGGAGGUAUUGGGGGGAGGAGGGGGAGGAGAGGUAUUGGAGGCAGCAGGAGGCGCACUGAUGUUAGUAACACCCUACUACCACGGCUUCGACCUCUCCCUCUCCACCCAAUUCGGUAUACCCGUCGUGGGCGUGGACGUCCCCCUCUCCUCCAUGUUCACUCCAUCCGAAGUCUCGGUCUACCUCACCAAGGCCUUUCUCCGCGAAAAGGAACGCGGGGUAAAGGUGCAGGCGGUGUUGUUGUGUAACCCCCACAACCCUUUGGGGAGGUGUUAUCCUAAAGAAGUCGUAGAAGCCUACUUGGCGUUUUGCGAAAAGUGGAAUUUACAUUUGGUUUCGGACGAGAUUUACGCGUUGUCGAGGUUUGAGAGUGGGGAUGUGGGGGAGCCGGAGGGGUUUAGGAGUAUACUCUCGUUCGACUUGUCCUCAAUCACUGUCCCUUCGGCGAUGUGCUCGACGGGUGAUAGCCCUAGCCCUGACUCCGACUUGAACUCGAACUCGAACUCGAACUUGAACGACGACCCCCCUAACACCAACGCCGACGCCGACACAAAGCCGACCACGAUCGCCAUAAACCCCAACCGCGUACACAUGAUCUACGGCAUGUCGAAGGACUUUAAUUGUAAUGGGUUCCGUGCGGGUGUGUUGUUCUCGUAUAACAAGGAUUUAUUGAAGAGUAUGCUAGCCACCAGUUUAUUCAUGCUCGUUUCGGCGCCUGCAGCGCGGUUGUGGGAGGUUUUGUUGGAUGAUCGGCCUGGGUCUGCGCCGUCUUCUGGGUCUUCUGGGUCUACGUCUACCAUUACCUCGACCUCUGCCUCUACCUCUAACCCAAACUCGACGACGAACUGCACCCCCAAAUCUAGCUCGAACCUGGACUCUUCCUUCACCCACUCAAACUCAAAGCACUCAAACAUGAACUCGGAGAACGACACGGCCACGCCUAAAUCAACUCUCGAAUGGUUCAUCGACCGAAACACCCACCUCCUCCAACGCGCAUACGAACACGUAGCAUCGUGGCUUAAAUUUCACCGCGUCCCCUACAUCCCAUCUAACGCGGGGCAUUUCGUUAUGGUCGAUUUUGGGAGGGUGGUUUUUACGAGGGAGGGGUUGAAGGGGAAUAGGAAGCUUGCUGGUGCGUUGGGGGUGGAUGCGUAUGGGUUGGUGGGUGGGAAGGAAAAGGGUAGUGAUGACGGGAAGGAUCAUGGGGGGGAUGGGUCAAAAGUACGACGGCCUUUGUUUAAUCCUCGCCCAGUUCUAUACGAUUUUUCGUUUAAAUGA